AUGGCUGAUCCUGAAGAGAAAAAGGCGGAUCAAACUCCAAACCAGGAGACGGCAGCGAGGAGGAGUCAGGAUUCUACCACCACCGAAGAAGGCGAUGUCAUCACUCCUGCGCACCAGAUCCAACAGACGUCAACCUCGGAAAAGCAUGAUGGCGAUAUGUUCCCUCCUCAAAACGAUGCUCCUCCUCCACCGCCCAAUGGAGGUUAUGGAUGGGUAUGUUGCGCCUGUGUCGCUAUCAUCAACGCUCAUACAUGGGGUCUCAAUUCGAGUUACGGAGUCUUUCUCGCGCAUUAUAUCCAGAACGACACAUUCCCCGGUGCGACAUCUCUUCAUUACGCCUUUGUUGGGUCCCUGAGUAUUGCUUGUGCUAUGCUGAUAUCGCCCGUUGCUACGCUCUGUGUUCGCGAGUUCGGCACGAAACCGACUCUUUUCUUUGGCAUUAUUCUCGAGACUGCUAGUCUGAUAUGUGCUAGCUUUGCCUCCAAGAUUUACCAGCUGUUCCUGACUCAGGGUGUUUUGUUCGGUCUUGGAAUGGGGUUCCUGUUUGUUCCAAGUGUUGGUAUUGUACCUCAAUGGUUUACUACUCGUCGAUCUCUGGCAAAUGGUAUCUCGGCUGCUGGGUCAGGCCUCGGUGGUCUUCUUUACUCCUUGGCAGCGGGAGCAAUCAUCCGAAAUAUCAGUCUUCAAUGGGCAUACAGAAUCCUCGGUAUACUCGUCUUCGUCGUCAACAUCAUCUGCACCAUCCUUGUCAAAGACCGCAACAAGAUCAUUGGCUCACGACAAGUUCCUUUCGACCUCGGCCUCUUCAAACGUCCCGAAUUUGUCCUGCUUCUUGGCUACGGUUGGUUCAGUAUGCUGGGCUAUGUCGUCCUUAUCUUCAGUCUUGCCAACUACGCCAACUUUAUCGGUCUCGAUGCAUCGCAAGCAGCUAUGGUCAGCGCCAUUUUUAACCUGGGACAGGGCGUUGGCCGUCCUUUUAUCGGAUACUUCAGUGACCGAACCGGGCGCAUCAACAUGGCCUGCGGGACUACUUGGCUAGCAGCAAUUCUUGUCUUUGCAAUUUGGAUCAACGCAAAGUCAUAUGGCCUGUUGCUCUUCUUCACUAUCAUCGGAGGUGGCAUGGCUGGAACAUAUUGGGCAACAGUCGCACCGGUUACAGUCGAAGUCGUCGGUCUUGCUGAUGUCCCUGCGGCACUCAACUUGACAUGGCUUGUUAUCAGCUUGCCCUGUACCUUCAGCACACCCAUCGCACUACAAAUCGUCGCAGGAACAGGAAAGUACAUCGGAGCUCAAGUUUUCGUCGGCUUCAUGUACGUUGCUGGAGGUCUAUGUCUAUUUAUCCUUCGUGGAUGGAAGAUCGGCCGAAGACUGUGGUUGCGACCAGGGAAAACAUAUCUCUUUGGGCGAACAGCAGCAGAACCUGGCCAAUUGGCUAUAUCGCACAACACCAUCUCGCGCAAGCAUCUAACAAUCACAGUCAGCCCUGUCGAACCAGGCCAGGCGCAUAACCCCUCGAGUCGCUCCACGCUUACGAUCGAAGACCUGGCGACGAAAAUAGGCACCGUAGUCAACGGAGAAAAGAUCAAGGGCAACAAAAAAGUGGUCGAGGGAGAUAAGGCCGAGUUUACCAUGGGUAAAUGCCCAAACAAGUUUUGUAUCACAUGGGAACCAGUCAUCUUCGCAUUCUCUUUUACCAGCAAAGAACUUCAAACAGACCCCCUGGCGACACUUCGAGAACGAUUCGAGCAGCUCGAUAUCAAAAUCGUACACGAAUAUGUCAACUCCACCACGCAUGUCGUUUCAAAGAAGCGAAACACUGCCAAAGGAUUGCAAGCUUUAAUAAUUGGGAAACACAUAGUGACUGAAAGUUUUAUCGAUGCCGUGGUGGAAGCUGGUACUUUGCCAGAAGGAGCCCAAGCCACUGAGCUAAGUCCUUUGGAGCAAGACUUCAAUAAAAACUGGCCCGACGCUCUGCAGCAUUUGCCCCCGAGAGGUGGUGAGCCUGUACAACAUCCAGACUCGACAUAUGCUCCGGACCCAGGACGAAAAGACAUUUUUGAAGGAUACACCUUUAUUUUCUACGACUCAGUGCAGUACAACAACUUGUUAGCACCCAUUACGAAUGGCGGGGGCAAGGCAUUGUUACGAGAAGUUACACCUCAUGAAACUCAAGUGGAUGAGUUUGUGCAAUAUGUCAAGGGCGUCGCUGGAGAGAAAGGCCUUGGAGCUUUCGAUGAUGGCAGCGAGGGCAAAGGGGUUGUGGUUGUACGCUUUGUGCCCUCCAAGGGAACAACCGUCGACUGGUAUGUUGAGUUCUUCAGAACGGUGUCUGUGAGACUGGACCAUCGCCCUAUUGAACAAAGCGAGUUCUUAGAGGCAAUACUCAUAAAGGACGCGAGUAUCCUUCGACGGCCUCUGGAGGUGGAGUCUUCACAUAACACCCAAGAGCAGAAUCAUAAUCAGCAAGAAGCUGAAGUAUCAGGGGGCUCACAAAAUCUGAAUACGCAAGCUCAGACAUCAAUGUCAGCCGAAGAGACACAGACCGCGCCUCGACGAGGGCGAACUAGGAGGCCCAUCAAGAGACGAUUCGCAGGCUUCGAUGAUGAACCUGAGAUUGAUAUGGAUGAUAUUCCGCCUGCCCCAGCACCUGAGCCCCAGCCUGCGACUCAGCAGCCUGCCACACAGAUGCAAGCGGAAGAAGGGGGAUUGUUUGUUUCACAAGAACCUGACAUUCUACCCGAGCCUCAACCAUCUAGCAAUACUCGCUCGUCGCAAAGGAAAAGGCGGCACUCGCCAUUGCCUGAAGAUGACCUCAUGGAUGGCAUGACGACUGCAGCAGAAAGGUUCAAGCGUCAGCGAAUCGAGAGAGGCGAAGAUAUGGACGAGCCACCUCAACAGAUGGAGACACAAAAAGCAGAGCCUGUUCCAGAACCAAAGAAGAAGAUUAAGAAAGAAUUCGAUAUUCUGGCAAUAGCCGCUCAGAACAGAGAACAAGAAGAAGCUCGUGCUCGAGCAGAAAAGGAAGACCUGGCGAAUCUACCUGACGAUGUCGAUCUUUCCGAAAUCCGCAGACUCAACAUAGUAGAAGAGAUAGAAGUGCGACAGCCGAGUAAUGGCCGAACCCGGGAACAAGAUAUCCGCGAUGGUAGAUGGAAUCCUAAAUGGAACGGCAUGAAGAACUUCAAGAAGUUUAGACAGAGAGGCGAGGAGACAGGACGACAGCCAGCAAGGACUAUCGUGCCCCUGACGCAAGUCAAGACAAAGGAGUUUGGCGUUGGCGACGACUACUGGCUCGAAGAUGAGGAAACAUCCCGCGGAAAGAGCAAUCCAAACCUACCAUCGACCAGAGAGACACAGCCUACGGCUCCAACUGAGACUCCUGUUUCUAUCCCCACGCGCCCUCAAAAGCGAACAGUUGCUACUGUUCUGUCUGACAGUAGUGACGAAGAAAAUAGUCGAGCUACACAGCGAUCAUCAGCACCAGCGACACGAACACGAGGGGCACAAGCUACAGCGUCGCAGUCGCAAUCCCAAGCCAACACAAAAAGUCAGGCAACCCGGUCCACCACCAGCCAAGGUAGCAAACGAGCUGCAGCAGAGCCUGCUGCUGGACAGCAGCCUGCAAAACGGGCACGACCAACGAGAAUGGCUGUUGAAAUCGCCGAUAGUGACAGUGAUGAUGAGCUCAAGUUUCGAUUCGGAAAGAGACGGUAG